UCUAGCUUCUCUCUCUCUAGUUACUCUCUCUACUCUCUUUCUCUCUACUCUUGAUUCAAUAUACAAGAUUACAAUAUAUGUUUGAUUAGCUGAUAUAGAUUAACAUGGUAUCAAUCACCAUUGUUGCUUAAGCUUGAAGUUUUUGAUCCUCUGUUGCUUCCGCAUUCUCUGAUUCGGCUCAUUGUCUUUCUCUAAUUCAAUACUUCGUCUUCUCCACUUUCUGCUUUCUGAAAUUUCUAGGGUUUCGUGUUUAUAUUCCCUUGUUGAUCGGUCCUUUCUGAAUCUUGCACAGGAAGUGUUUGUUGUAUUGUCUCACUCAUGAGUUGAUCUUGCAAUCCCGAUGGUGACUGCUUCACAGCUUCAAUUGCUUCAAUCUCCAAUUACAGCCCUUAUUUCCUCCAUUUCUACGUCUGUUAAUGUCAGGCUGGAUGAUUCGAACUACCUCAAUUGGAACUUUCAAAUGCAACUUUUGCUUGAAAGCAAUGGAAUCAUGGGGUAUGUUGAUGGUUCGAUCCCUUGUCCAUCUCAACACGGUUCGACCUCUUAUGAAUGUGAAAAUGGCUGCGAAAGGGAAGGAUCUUAGCCAACAGCUUGAGGAACUCAUCAGCUCCUUGCAAGAACAAGGCAUUUUGACCGACUACUUUGACGAACUAAGAGGGUUACAAGAUGACAACAACCCUCGCUUGGUUGACGAAAUUAUCACCAUCUUCCUUCGUGUAGCUGAAGAUUACAGAGCCGAACUCACAAGAAAUCUGAGUGAGCCCGAUGUCAACUAUUCUGAGGUGCAUAAACUCGCAACCUGGUUUAAAGGCAGUACCACAAGUAAUGCCUGUGGCCGGGUUGCCCUUGCCUGUCAAGAGCUCGUUGAUGCAAGUGAAGCAAAGAACAAAGAAGGGUGCCUUGUGGCUCUUGAAGCUGUCAACCGUGAAUAUCUUGUCGCCAAAGAGAAUUUGAAUCGCAUUGUUGGGAUGGAACGUGAAAUUUAUAACAUGAGGCUGCCAAAAGCAACAUGAAUAGAGAGAGUUCUUAUUAUGUUAGAUCAUCGACUUCAGAAGAUUGUGAUGUUUUCUUCAUGUUGGCCAUGUAAUAAGUUUAUUACUUCUGUGUUAUAUACUUAUAUAUAACUUGUUUUAGGACAAGGUUUUGGUA